GCUCAAAGCCACAAAAAUAGAAAGGCACCUAAUUUUCACGUCAUGGCUUUAUUGCAGGAAAAGGAGGGAUACAGCAUACAGGCCGGCUAACGAGACAAGUUAGAAAGACGACGUCUUUUGAUUGUUACAUUUCCCAGUGAGGCAGGCACAGAGUUUUGGUUUCAUCGCUCACACACGAGUCCUGCGGUAAGCUGCUUUUCGACUGUACCUGGAGUCAGGAAAGGAAAUAAUCAACGAUCAAAAGGGAAGAAGCGGAAGCCGAAGAAGUAAACAUGUCGGCGCUUUUCAAUUUCCAUUCGUUUCUGACGGUGGUGCUGCUGGUGAUCUGCACUUGCACUUUCUUGAAGAUGCAAUUCCCCACCAUUCUCGAACAGAAAACCGGAUUCCGCGGUUUCUUUUGGAAAGCAGCCAGAAUAGGUGAACGGUUAAGCCCCUGGGUAGCUGCAGGAUGCCUGACGAUGGGUGUCUCGAUCAUAUUCUUCUGACAACAACUUUUUUCUAUCAUUCGACUCGAAAGCAGCAAACCAAGCCUCCCCAUCUCCAGCAUCUGUCUGCAAAGACUGCUCCCUACACAAGAAAAAAGCCAGCUUUUGCUGCAUUACAUGUCUCGAUAUUAUAAGAAGGCUAUCAUCCACUAGUAACUUAGUAGUACUAAGCAGUGUGAGUUGUCUUGUUUCUCUGACAGCAAUCUGAGGGGUUCUUUUCCUUGUUAAAUUAUUUGCUAUCCUGUUGCAAUUGGAGAUUCAACUUGCAGAAAAUCGCCAGCCUGGCUUUACCCUCCAAAGGUACCGGAGGAAACAUAUACACCACGCUCUUCGUCUUUAUCACCAUUUUCUGUCCUAGUCACAGGAAAAGGAUUUUUAGUGACGAUUCUUUUGCUGGUGACCAAAAAAGGCCCCUCCUACCCAUAAUGUGGCUCCGCCACUGACGAAGGCAACUUCUAGCAGGUCGAGGGAGAGGACCUUGAUACGCUUCUUCCUGUCGGAGCAGAAGAAAGAGGUAGAUUGCUA